AUGGUUUUUAAAGACCCAGCUCUUGUGCGCGCUGCUAUCUGGCAGCCUAGUCUAGAAGACUGGCAGGCUUGGGUGACGAGGUGGCUAUCGCGUCCGCCGGCCACUGCUAGCCGUCCAGCACCACCGCAGUAUGAUACUGCGGAUUUCAUCCCUGGGGCCACUAGGGUUACGCAAACUGAUCCCAGAAACGCUCGCCUACAAAUGCCCGCUCAGUCAAAUGAGAACCAAUUAGUGGCUAUUAGCUAUCAAGGCUGUCAAAUUCUCGCUGACUCGCUGUACAUGAUUAUUUUUGUUGACGCAGCAUGA